AUGGCCGAUAACGUCACUCACGGCAAUACUUUCAUCCGAUCGGCGUCAGCCCAAGGGCUUGCUGGCCUCUUCACCUGGGCUGCUUUACUCAUAACAAGCCAUCAGAUAUAUCAACACCUCCGGUGGUACUCGUGUCCAACGGAGCAGAGAUGGAUUGUGCGCAUUCUUUUCAUCGUACCUAUCUACGCAUUCGAUUCGUGGCUGAGUCUCAUCUUCUUCUCGGACAAUGUGUAUAUUUAUUUCAAUUCUAUUAGGGACUGUUACGAAGCUUUUGUAAUUUACUCAUUUUUGUCGUUGUGCUAUGAAUAUCUUGGUGGAGAAAGUAAUAUCAUGGCGGAAAUCAGAGGCAAACCGAUCAAACCAACGAACUACUACACAUGUACCUGCUGUCUUGCUGGAAAGCAGUAUACAAUCGAAUUCCUGCGCUUUUGUAAACAGGCUACGCUUCAAUUCUGUUUCAUCAAACCAGUCAUGGCAGUAAUCACCUUGUUUUUGGUGGGAAUGGGAAAGUAUGAAGAUGGAAACUGGAGUGCCGAUCAGGGCUAUCUGUACAUCACGCUGGUGUACAACGUUUCGAUUUCUCUUGCCCUUUACGGACUUUUCCUUUUCUACACAGCAACUCGUGAACUACUCAGCCCCUACAGCCCCGUACUGAAGUUCUUGACGACGUUUAAUGUGCUUAUUUUAUCUAUAGGUUUUCUCAUUGCUAUCUUGGGUGCUACUUCUGCUAUCGAUCCUGUUGUGGAUUCUAACGGAAAUGUCGUCAUCAAUAAAGGGACUGUCGCCGCUGGUUAUCAGAAUUUUCUCAUCUGCAUCGAGAUGUUUUUCGCCGCGAUCGCUCUCAAAUUUGCAUUUGGCGUAUCUGCCUAUGCGGAUGCACAUUCGGUCAACCAUUCGAACGAUGGACGUCCAGUCACACUGCAGUCCAUUAGUUCUUCUUUGAAGGAAACCAUGAAUCCUAAAGAUAUCAUGCAAGAUGCCAUACAUAACUUCCAUCCUCAAUACCAACAGUAUACCCAGGUAUGGUUGGCGUUUUACGGGUCAGUCAAGCAGCAGCAAGAUGCAAGACGCCAGCGAAGUGAACAGCUCUGGUCCAGAGGAAACGACUACCUUCCAGUCAGACGCCCCACGUACGACUAUGGAUCAGUGGCCCUCCAUGCCGCAUCAUCAGCGAUCCGGCUACAAUCCGUUGCUUUGAAUGAUCAACCCCUCCUUGACCUCUAG